GCUUGAAAUGUCAAUAGAGUCAGAAAAAGUGAAGAAACAUUUUUCAAAAUUUUUUCCUAAAUUGCAUUGUGAAAGCUAACAAUUUUUGGCAAAAUUUCAGCUUUAAACAACACCCAAAGAUGGCCAGCGUUGAAGUUCCUCGAGAUAGAACGUUAAUGUGUCGCGUGUGCAUGGAAAACCAUCGGAGAAUGAUUCCGAUAUUUUCCAAACUGGAAGAUGCCUUCAUAGCGAACAUCAUCACAGAAUGCACAACCGUCCAGAUUUUGGAAGACGAUGGAUUACCGGAGCAUAUUUGUGGCAUCUGUUUCGAUGAUUUAAGCUAUUUCGUAGCUUUUAUAAAAAAGACUAGGAAGUCUGAUUGCCAGUUGAGGAAAAUGUUCAUAUCGGAUAUCAAACAGGAGUGUGACGAUUUGAAUGAACUGGAGGAGAAAUAUAUUUUAGAAGAGGAAGUGUCCACGGAAUUGAAAUCUGAAGAAUCUAGCGACGACAAUGCUGAAGUUGAAGAAGAAACUGACUAUAAAGAUGCUCUUUACGCCGAAUAUAUUGAAAAUGAAAGCUCGAAUGAAGGGUCACCGCAGAGUAGUUCACCAAUCGAUCAUAGUCCUAAAAACCGUAGAAAACGAAGGAAACCGAGUGAGUGCGAAAAGACGGAGGAAGGAAAUAAAUUUGAUUAUCUUGACGAAACUGAGCGAAACACAUUCCGAGUAGUUGAGGUUGACAACCGACGUGUUUGCUGCAGCUGUCUAAAGUUAUUCAACAAUGUGAAGGAUCUUAAAGAACACGGAAGAAAUGAACACGCGUUAAAUCGAACAUUUAACAUCACGAAAACGCACGUUUGUCAAUUCUGUUUCCGACGGUACUGUUCAGCUUCCGCUUUGAAAUUGCACCACAAGAAAAUAGCGCUCAUCAAGCAGGUAUUCGAUUGUGUGAAGUGUAGCACUCGUUUCACAGCAUCCCAACAGCGUCGUAAUCAUGCCCAUAACCACCCCGAGCCGGCGCCCAAAUCAUCCAUCGUAGUUGCUUCGAUUCCUGUAAAAGUGCAGGAAAUGGUGGGAAGAAUAUGCUGUGCAUUCAAUUGCAAUCAAGUGUUCCAGAGUGACGAGGAGUUGCUGGACCAUUCAGCCAGUGCCCACAAAGUCAACAAGGUUCAGUCAAAUUUGGUGAAUGCUGAACUGCGACCGGUAGAGUGUCCCAUAUGUUAUAAACGAUUUGCCGACGAAAACGGGCUUAGGUGUCAUCAGCAGAGGGUUUAUACUCCGAAGCGACAUAUUUGCUCGAUAUGUGGACAAAAGUUUUGGAACAAUAAUGAACUGGAACGGCAUGAAAGGGAGCACCGCAACGAAAAAAUAUUCAAAUGCGAACAGUGUCCGAAAGCUUAUUACGGCAAGGAUCGUCUGAAGGCACACAUGAAGCGCCACACGGCAACGAGGGAGUACAUGUGCAACAUAUGCGGCCAAUCGUAUAUACAGAAGCACAACCUGCAGACGCAUAUGUUAAUGCAUGAGGGCAAACUGCCAUUCGAAUGUGAGGUUUGUAUGAAAGCAUUCCGAACGAAGUCCAAACUGGUCUAUCACAUGAGGGUGCAUAGCGGUGAAAAACCAUAUCCCUGCAGGUAUUGCGAUAUAUCUUUUGCCGAUAGCACGAACCGGUUGAGACAUGAAAUGUCGCAUACGGGGAUCAAACCGUAUAAGUGUGAAUACUGCGAGAAAACGUUCAUCACCAAGCGUUUGAAGAAGGAGCAUGAAAGUACUCAUACUGGAGAAAAACCGUAUCAAUGUAAUAUUUGCUUCGUGUCUUUCAAUCAAUCGAACGCCCUAAAGGCACACCAGGCACUUCACACCGAAAUCAUCUGAACGUUGGAAUACUCGCGAUUGUUUUUCCAGACUGUGUCGGGUUCUCGUUACGGUGUGACGAAAAUGGUGUGAUUCAGUAAAAAGGUGCUAAAUAACAAGAAACUUUGGCUAAGACCAGAAAGGUGGGAAAAGUCGUUUCCGUAUAGUUUGGUUCGAAUAUUUUAAAAAUGCGUCUUUUACGUUCUGUGCAUGUUAUUUAAAUACUUAUUUUUUGCGAUAGUAUAAUCUGAUGUAAUUUAUAUCCGUAGUUUCAACGAUAUAGCUGCCAGAAUAUCUAUUCUCUUACAGCAGUUAAUCGUGAGUG